AUGGCCAAUCCUCCCCCCGUUCGUCGGGGCUCUUCUACAGGCCAUCUACCUUUACCUCCACAACCGCUUGCGCCCGUGACCUCGAAGUCUAGCAAAUCUCCGCCGCCACCGCCCACGACAACGACAGCUCCUCCUGAGAUCGAUGGUCCCGUUCAUCCUUCUCUUCUCCAGCCCCGUGUCGCCGUCGUUCUUAAUGUUCCGAAGCCAUGGCACCCGUGGCUUUUUGCCUUGCGGCUCUUCUCUAUUCUGCCGGCGUUGUGGUGGGGAUUGCCUUCUGCGCUUCAACUGCUGUUACGUGUCUUGCCAGGGCCAGAAAUUGUAGUUGUUGUGCCUUCAACGACGGGAGGAUCUGUGGCUAUGAGUGUCGAGGCAGAUCCGCGGCUCAUCAAUUACACCCCACAAGCAACAAUGGUUCGGCUGCUCACAACCAACUUUUGUAACGCAUAUCUCACUGCGUUUGUGCUCUCUUUCACGGGUGGUUUCCAAGACCCUCGUCUCCUCCUCCCAGGCUGGGUUGGCAUAGCCACUACUCUUACCAUGAUGUACCACAUCACUCACCAAAAGAUCAACAUUCGCAAGGAGACGUCCACCUCUAUCAACGUCUUCUCCAUAGCUUGUUCCAUCACCAUGGUGACUCUGCUGGUACACCUUCAUCAGUCCACACCUGACUACCCCCAGAUGCCAAUUGUAGCUUCUGGUCGGCGCGCCUUUGACGAGGCAUCGCGCGUAAUCACUCAGAUCAGGGGAAGCAUCGAGCAGCAUGAAGACUUGUAG